AUGGAUGCUUGGCAGGAUUUUCAGCCACUUAGGUCGAAAGACCAGCCAUCUUUGCCAUCUGUUGUUCCACUAAGGCGGAGGACGGGUGCUGAUACUGCAAUCACUCCUACUGGGAGCUCACUCCUCUCGAAACUGCUGUCCAUCCGCCUCCACGCAUCUCCCUCUCCCUGCCACGCCGUUAGACGUCGAUUUCCGGCGGCAUUGAUCGAUGUAAGCAUGAGAACUCGCUUCCUAGCUACCGAUUACUUCUCUGCUCCGUCGACUACCGAAUCAUUGAAAGAUUUCCAAGUCAUCCCCCUUCCAGCUCCAAAUUUCUUCUCUCCGGAUCUCUUCCAUAGGGUAGAGAUCCCAUUAUUAGUUCCAGAUCGCUCUGUGCAACAUGAAAUCGAUAGGUUUCCAUUUGAGGAAGCUAUUACUGACUUCCUAUCCGAUGUCAUCCCCCGGUUCCUUGAUGCGGAAGGAAGACGAUCCAGUCAUGGCAGCACUGGGAGUCAGUUUAAUCCGUCCUCCGAGAACAACAAUGAGGAGAUCGGAUAUGCGUCAUGUGAGAUGAAAUGCAUUGAGGGAGUACAUGGUUCCUUUUACAAUGAGAUGGAAGUUGAAGAUAUCUUGGAUAUUGAGUAUGCUGCUUUUAAUCAUAUAUUGCCAGAGUUGGGAGUCUCUUGUGAAGACAAUGAGGAUAUGUUAUUCUUUGAGAUCCAUGGAAUUAGUGUUCCGCUGGAUUUCAUCGAUGUUAAAAUGGAAAUAUCAAUAGCAACUCCGUUUGAGGUUGAACGAAUGCUCUGUCUUAUUGAAGAUGUUCCAGACAUUUUGAUUCUUGGUCAGGAAAACUUUUCAGCCAAAGAUGGCAAGUUUUCACAAGACAAGCGUUGGCAUGAUAUUAAAUUACCCAUUUUUGAAAUUGGUGAAAGUGUUUUUGGGAUCCAUGAAAGCAUGUCUAUGGAUGAAAUAUUCAAUGAUCUCCUAGCUUAUCAAAUGCCUCAGAAGAAUGAUGAUGAGUUGGUAGUCAAUGCAAAGGAUUUUCUCGGAACCACUAAUGACAAUUUUUUAAAGCAUUUUUUGAAUCAAGAAGUAUCUGAAUAUGACCUUGACAACAAAUUACUGCCUUUGAAUUCUUUAUUAGAGUUGGAUUUGAUUAAUCUCAAUGGUUGCAUUCUUUUUGAGAAGCAAUCAGUAAUAUAUCAGACGGUAUCAGAUGAAAGUUCUCAACAUAUUCCAUGCUUAGCUCAGUUUGAAGAAGUACAGGUUUUAGAUGGAACUAUUAAUGUGCCUGAUAUGUUUAACAGUUUUGAAUCAGUGGAGGAAGAAGGAUUUUCUGAGCAGAUGUGCAAAGAAGAAGUAGGGCAAAUAGAAAACUUUUAUGAUUCAGUCCUUACUUCGGAACUUUCUCUCACUGAUGAUCCAUUUAAAUUUUUGCCUGCUCCAAUUCUUAGUGAUGAUAGAGUUUUGAAAUCAAAAUCGAGGAUUGUGGAAGAUAUCUUUAAUGCACUCAAACCACACACUUUUUCUGUCAGUGAUGAAUUAUAUUUGGAUUGGCAUCCUCUUUUGGAAGGGGGUUGUAACAAUGAAGCUUGUUCAACUUUCUUGUCCAUGGUGCAAGAAGUAAGUAGUUAUAGGAUUGAAACCUCGGAGCUUAUAUCCCAAUAUGACUCUUUCAUGCAUUCUGAUUUUGAUUUCUUGGAUGAUUCUUUGGUUGAGUCAAGCACAGCACAGUGUAAAGAACUUCCGGAUGUUCAUCAAAACAGUCACGAUGAUGUGGUCCCAGCAGUUGAUACUGUUGUUACUGAGAAAGUUAAUGAUGACAAUAAACAGCCUAACGGUGCAAAGCAAAUUCCGAAGAAAAAUCCAGCCAAUAUUUCUUUGGUGCUCGAGUCAAUUUCACAGUCUAAUGAUCUCAAUUUCUUCUUAGGUGUACGAAAAGGAGGUGUUCAGGUGUCUUCUUGCUUUGAAACUUUGAGUGCAAAUAAGCCUAGUAUCAGGAUCACUUCAGGGGAUGAGCUAGAGGGGCCAUCUGAAACAUCGCUUUUUUCAGCAUCAAAUAUUGAAAAGAUUGAGCUCCAUAAAGCUAGUUUAUCAGGUUAUACUUUAAGCCUUAUUGAUCAAAUAAAAGGGAUCUAUUUUUCAAACUUAAACAACUGCAGGCAUUUGAUAACUAAUAGUUCAUUAUCAACUCCAAUGGAGCUAUUGAGCAUUCCCAAGGGAAGGCUGUUGGAGUUAAUUUCAGAGAAAGGUGGAAGCCGAUGUACUUUGGGAGCUAGAGAUGAACCUUUCGUUGCAUUACUUGCAAUAUAUGCACUAAAACAACUGGCUUACUACUUAUGCUUCUUUGGGAUCCACAUCGCUUACCUCUAUGUGAGCUGUUCGAGUAAAGUGGACAACCUGGCAGAGAGGUUACAGCCUUUGCAGUCCUUGCUUCAAGACGCACUUUGGAAAGCUGAGAAACAAAUUCUUGAAUCACAUCCAUCACUUUCUCUGAUUGAAGGCCUUCUGAGGUCAAAUGCUUCUAAAGGAUUUAAAAAAACACUAAUUAUAUCUAAUGAAGUGUUUUGGCCUUCAUUGAAACACAAGCUCACUAGUUUGAAUAUAUCAUUUAAUGAAGUUAGAAAUCCAUGUCCUGAAGAACAAUUGGACAUUCUGGAUAACUGUACAACUUAUAAUUCUAUUUUGGAAGAAUUAUCGCACUCAGAUUGCUUAUUACUAUCCUAUGAGAACACUUCAGCAUCUUUUCCAUUCAACAUGUUUAGCAGCAUUUUGGAAUAUGGAGGACCUCGUUCUAUAUCCAUAAUAUCUGAGAUUUUUCCGUGUUUAGGUAGUAUUCCCUGUGUUCACUUUAUCAGAUUUGAUGUGGAGAAUCAUUAUGUUGCAAAGGCGCUUUGUGAAGGUUUUGAAGCCUCAAAUAAUUCCAUGAUUUUUCCGAAUGGGUUCCCAAGCUAUAUGACCCAUCUACAAGGUUGCUUAAAUGAUCAGAACACUGAAGGGAUUUUCACUCAAUUCCCGCUCCACAAGGCCUGUAAUAAUUCAUGUGAACCUGUACUCAACGCAGAUCCCUCCCAUGAUAAUGAGUGUGCCAUGAACAUGCUUUAUCUGUCAAGUUCAAACAAGACAACUGCAAAAGUCUGUUCAGAUCCAGAGACAGUCAUAAUUGUAAACACCCUGAACUUGGAAAAAAAUAUGAUCAUAUCAAGAAGAAGCUCUUAUCAGAAAAUUUUGGAACUAGAAAAGAGCGGUGUGCAAGUUGCGGAGCGGGAUAUUAAUCUUCCUUUGGAUCUCAUCUUCAGUGCUGCUGUUUGCCUAGUUUGGUAUGAGGCAAUAAAUAUUGUGGACAAAACAGAAGCAGUAGUUAGCUUUUCAGCAAUACCUGCUUUCAUCGAGAAUAUUGCAACUAAAAUUUUGAUGUCCCUCAGUUCUUCCUUCAGUGGUUGCAUACUGAUCUUUGAGGGGGAAAGGAACUUCCUUGCAUCCAUAAUGGAAUCAUCCGACAUGCUUUAUGCAGCUGCAGCAAGUCUUGACUUAAACUUACAAUUGUUCUGCUCACAUACGCCUGAAAAUACUGAUGACAUUAUUCUAAACUGUAUCAGAAUGACAAGCACAAAAGAUGGAGGUCUUCACUCAGCAAUGCCUGAAUCAGAAUCUAUUGCUGAAUCCUUUCUAACAAAGUUUCCUUCUAUAAAUCCACUCUCCGCACAUUCGAUACUUUCCUCUGGUGGCAUGCUUGUUGAGUUCUUUGAAUGGUCACCUGAACGCAGAAUUCAGGCUAUUGGGAAGUAUAAGGUGCCCCAUGGAAGCAUAUCUCUUUUCAAUGCUUUAUGCAGAUAUGGGGAGUUAGGAGAAUCCAAAUCUGUAAUGACAGAUUGCUCAUCCAUAGAUUCAGAAAAUACUAGUGGCACGCUACAAUCUAAAAGAAAAAAGAAAAUACAUGAAAUCAGUUAUGGCACACCUGGCAUGCUGGUAGGUGAAUCCUUUUAUGUUGAACCAAGUCAAUUAUACCAUAGCAGCAAUGUGAUCCCUCAGCCAUCCCAGCCAUACCAGUCAAAGAUUUUCAGGCCUCGUGAUGUACCGAAAGAGGCUCAGCUUUUCAGCAAUGCUAAUAUUUUGGAAGGAAAACAAGAAUUAAACAAUUAUAAGAUGAGCAAUAUUGGUGGGGAUACGUUGUUUAGAGUCUUUAGACACAGCAAUCCACAUGAUGAAUUCCACAAUGAUGUUUUUGAUUACAAUUGCAACUUCUUAAAUGAGCCAUUUGCGUCAAUCCCAAGAAGCAGAUUUAAUCCAAGGACACCAGACUUAAGAUCUGAACCAAUGGAUGAGAGCUUUCUUUCUUCGAGCAGAUUCUUGGGUGGCCAAAGUCGUACAUUUCCGACGUCUGCUGAAAUCAACUGUUCUGAAAACGAUUUGACUAAAUUUUGCAAGAAAAAUGGCUCGGAGAAGGAAUCCGAAAAAUAUAAAAGUUCAUUAUUUAACAAAGAAUUGAUUACAAAAAGGAAAAAUUUCUUACAUCAAAAUCAGAAAUAUACCCCUGGACUGCUGAAUAAGACAAAAGGAGUUCCAUAUCUUGGUGAAUUUCUUCGCUCAACUGUAAGUCAGCCUUCUCAACAAAAAUACCGCCAAAAAUCCAUUAUCGAAUCUGUUGGACAGGCAAAUGAGAGGAGCAAAAUGCAUCAACAGUUUUCAUGCAACACGUGCCUAAGUUGCCCGGGGAGUCUGAAAAGAAAAGCUGUUUGUCAGAAAAAAAGCCCAUCAAUUAUCGACAGUUUCAGGUACCAAGGAGGCAACAAAAAUGUCCAGGGAACCGUGAAUGAGAGAAAGAACUUAACCAGGGUGCAACCAAGUCCGCGGGAUCUCGAUAAGAUGGAUUCGGCCUUCAUAAUUCCUUCAUGGACACCAAUUGAUAAGCGAGCUAGACAGCAACUGUCUUUCGUGCGCACUGGAAACGAGCAGCAAAGGAGACUUGCAUGGAGAAGAAGUGAGAGCCCUCGUGUAGGUUUUGGUUCGAGGAAAAGGCAGAGAGGUGAUGUUUAGGUAUGCCACUUAAUAUCACAUACUCAGAAUUUCCUAUGGUUGAAAUAGUAGUCAAAUAUUGAUGUAGCAAAUUUUAAGCUUUUUGACACAUAAAUACCUUUUGAUCAAUCUUUUCUAAAGUGGAAAUAUACAAUCAUAUAUCUAACCUUAUAUUACG